CAGUCAGAGAAGAAUUCUCAUUUCUCAGAGAAGAACAAAAGAGAAAGAAGUGAACAGAAAAAAGAAAAAAACAUAUGACAGGAAUCAGAAAAAGUAAUAACAGCAUGGAGGACGUCGAUCGCUUGUUCGCAAACUUCAAGUGCGGUUUAUCCCCUCCCGCAUCUGCUCUGAGAGAAAGGAAAAGAAGUAAAAGCAGAUCUGAGAAUGGCGGUUUGAGGAACGAUGAAUUGCCGUCACGAUCUCCGGCAAGUGGUGGAUCAGUUGGCGGAGAACAGAAAACGCCUUCAACAUGCAGUAAUGCGACAAACUUGCAGUCUUCAAUAGAGAGACUAAAAUCUGCAGCAGCUAAAGCAAAAUGGUUUAAUCGUGGGAAGCAGCUUUCUCCAAGUGUAUUCUAUGGGUCUCCUUGUGGUGUGCCUCCCAAAAAACCAAUCCGGUUAUGGCGAUUGCUACAUGAGAUUCGUCUUGAUCUAUCUCAGCAAAAUAAAUUGAUGUUAAGGAAGGAAGUUUGGGCUACGUUUCCAAGGCAGGAUGAAGCAAUGAAGUUUGCCAAAGACCAAGAGGAUGUUCAUGUUUUCAGCUAUCAAGACCACUUCAAUGGACAAAGAAGGUUCCUUGUGUCUACGUAUACAGAAUUCUGGCGAAGGUACAAAAACAUGGAUUCAAAAUUCCGUCAUCACUAUGAAGUCAUUCAAGAGGGUUUACCAUGCCACCUUUAUUUUGACUUGGAGUUCGAUAAGAGAGUCAACAUUGGAAAGGAUGGAGAUGAGAUGGUGGACCUCUUUAUAUUAGUAGUCCUAGAAGCUUUUCAGGAAAAAUAUUCAAUCCAUGGGAACCUUGAUUGGAUAGUAGAACUUGAUUCUUCAACCAAAGAGAAGUUCUCUCGUCAUCUAAUCAUUCGCAUACCAAAAGUUUCUUUUAAGGAUAACUCUCAUGCAGGAGCUUUUGUUUCCGAAAUAUGCUCAAGAAUUCAAAAUGCAAGGGAGACAGAUAAAAGCUUUGAAAAAUUGUUUAUUAUGAAAGAUUCAAGCUGCAAUGGAUCUACAAGCCAUCUUUUUGUGGACACCGCUGUAUAUACUCGGAAUCGUUGUUUCCGCCUUUUCUUAUCUUCAAAGGCGGGAAAGAAUUCUUUUCUUCUACCAACAGGGCGAUUCAAGUCUAAGAACUUGGAUGAUGAAGAAGUGUUUAAGGCUUCCUUGAUUUGCAAUAUGGAUGUUGAUUGUGAAAAGCUUUUGGUCUGCAAACCAUACCUCGAUUGUGUAAAGACUCUGCAUUUUGAUACAGAGCUGAAUUGCAAUUCGGGAACUUCAUGCCAAAUUCCUUCGGAGUUUACGCUGAAUACUUGCAGCAGUGAGGUUUCAACAACAUACUUCGUUGGAAAUUCACCAUUCCCAUUUCUGGACAAAUUUAUUCUAUCUGUGGCCUCUGUUGGAAAUAUACCAGGAAAAAUACACAGCUGGUAUUUAUUCUCUGAAUUUGGGUUGAUGGUUUACAGCAUGACAAAAAAUAGAUACUGUGAGCGAAUUGGCAGACACCAUAAAAGCAAUAAUGUGAUAUAUGUCGUUGAUCUGAGAAGGGCAGUAUAUUACCAGAAAUGUCAUGAUCCUGAUUGCAGAGGGUACAGAUCUCCCUUGCGACAAAUUCCAGUUCAUGUCUUCGCCAAUUCUUCCGUUGUAUGUGGUUCUGAGAUAUUAGAUGAUGAACAGACAAUACAUAAUGAGAAAGAAAAAAUUUUACAAUAUGAAGAGGAUGUCGACGACAACUGCAAUGAUUCUUGGUGGCUAGAUGUCGUGAAAGUUGCCGAAGAGAUUGAGAAGCAAACCAAGACAGAACCGAGUACUGUGAAGAUAAUCGAUGAUGAUGAUGGAGAUCUUGAAUGGUGGUUAGCGGUUGAAAGGGCUGCAUCUCAGGCGGAACUGACAACCUCCAUGAACUAAUUCAGGAUAGGAUAAUUGAUGUUCAUUGUAAAUAAUCUGUCUUUUU